GAAAAGAAGAAGCAAAUAUAGGGUUUGGAUGUUGAAAUUGUUCAUCUCAAAAUCCGUAAUUCCUAAUUGAUAAUUGCAAAUCCCUAACCCCUAAUUCAAUCAUGGAUUCUCUGUUAGCGAGCUACGCUUCUUCAGACGAAGAAGAAGAUGAGCAACAACAGCAGAAACUAACCGCAGCUGUUCCCUCCAAAACGACGUCGUCUUCCAGCAGCGCUGUCUCCUCUCUUUUCUCUUCUCUUCCUCAACCCAAAUCUUCUUCUUCUUCGCUGUUUCAAUCUCUUCCUCAGCCGAAUCAACAUUCAGUUACCGCAAUCCAUGACAACGACGACACGUCUGCACCCUCUUCCUCCAAAUUCACCGGAAGCUCUUCCCUUUUCACUUCUCUCCCUAAACCUAAAUCCCAAAUCCAACCACCACAACCACAACCCAAAAAGGUGGUUCAAUUCAGGCCUCCAACUAUCCCCAUCUCUAGACCUUCCGCACCCGACGAUGACGAUGAUGAAGACGAAGAAGAAGAACGAAACCGAAGAAGAAAAAUGGCGUCUUCAAUUCAAGCUCCAUCGGUGAAGUCAUUCUUAUCCAGCAUUCCGGCGCCCCGCAACUCCGCCACCCUAGGCGUCCAAUCCAGUUCUGGUUCCGGCCGUAGAUCCAUCAUCGAGACGGAGGCGCCAGCAUCUGAACCGGAACCGGAGCCAGAACCAGCUAUGCCUUCAAGUUCUGGUGUUUCGGAUGGCGGUGUUGUUGUUGAUCAAAAUUCAGCUGGUUGUGUGAAUUAUGAGAGUUACAGCGGUUAUCAAUAUGGGAGUGACCAGAAUGCAGGGUCAAGUUAUUACAUGGAUGGUGGUGCUAGUUAUGGCGGUUAUGGUGCUGGUUAUGAUCAAAGUUCGGGUUUUCAGCCAGAGGAUGGGGUUCCUGGAACUGCUGGUUAUGGAAAUGGUGAUGGUGCCUAUGCAAAUUAUGGUGCAUAUGCUGAUUAUGGGAAUAAUUGGAGUAAUGGGUCGUCAGCUUCAGUGACUGCAGAGCCGCUGGCAUCUGGGCCUGCCGAGAGUGCGGCGAUAUUUCCGAAGAAGAGAGGAAGGAAUGAGAUUCCCUCGGAAAUCAUAGAGGUGAAGCAGGAUGAGUUGAUCAAGAACCGGCCAAGAGAGGAUCAGGUCAAGCUCACUGGGAUAGCUUUUGGACCCUCUUAUCAGCCUGUAUCAACGAAAGGGAAGCCGUCAAAGCUGCAUAAGAGGAAGCAUCAAAUUGGUUCCUUGUAUUUUGAUAUGAAACAAAAUGAAAUGAAGCUCGCAGAGCGGCGCGCAAAGGGUAUGCUUACCAAAGCUGAAACACAAGCAAAAUAUGGAUGGUGAUAUGAGGGAGGAUUUUCUUGCAAUUUCUUGAACUUCCGUUGAAACAUGGAUUACAAAAGGGAAGUUCCCAUGUAUGACUGCGGCCCUUGUAUUUCACCGUUCUUCCAAGAUAUUUGUAUGUUUGCUGUGUUCUCUUUGCAAAUUUAAAGCGAUGAUAUGUGUAUGCGCUGAAAUAUGCAAUUUGCUGUA